CUGCUCUGGCUCCCAGACCCCGGCGGCGCCGCUGGUGCCUCGCGGCCGCGCACAGGCCGUUUCCAUGGCAGCAGAGGCCACGCGGUGAGGGGGCCUCCCACCCGGCUCCCAGCUCCCACAGCUGCAUCUCCGGCUCCUUGGCACCGCGAGAUACCGCCCCCGACGGGGCGCCCGCCGAGUGCCCCAGCCCCUAGCCUUUCGGGCCUCUGCAGCCCGGCGAGAAAAGGAGACACCAGCGGUCUCUCUCUGUGCACAGAGGAAAGACCACGUGAGCACGGCCAGGAGGCACUCGCCCCUAAGCCGGGAAGAGAGCUCUCACCAGGAACCAACCGUGAGAACACCUUGAUCUUGGACUCCCAGCCUCCAGAACUAUGAGCAAAUAAAUGUCUGCUGUUUCGCCCCCCAAGUCUUUGGAAUUCCGGUAUCGAUGGGAUUCCACUCUGCAGAGGUGUCUUCCUUCUCCUUUGCUAGGGUCUCCCCUGCCCACUGCCCAACUUGACCUGGCAUUGCCUGGGUGCUGGACGGCUUGACCUGGGCCUCCUUCCCCCGUCACCCAGGUCCCGAGACUUCAGAAGACUCCCUCUACACACUGACACCGCCCAAAUCCCUGUCCUUUGACCCGACUCCCCCCUGAGCCCAAAUUGCCUACCCAGUUUCUCCAUUUGGGCAUUUGGUGCCACGACUCUCCGACUCAUUUACCACUGCAGCGGACCUAGUAAAUGCUAACAUUCGUACAGCACAUCGUGGUAAACAGAUGAGGUGUACAGUUCCCAGGUAAAGGCGGCCGGCCCUGGCUGGGGCUGCCGUGGUUCUGGCUGCCCUGGGCCCCACCAGCUGCCCCAGGGGCCGAGAGGACCAAGCCCGCAGGCAUGCCUGUAAGCCGUUCACAGCACACGAACGAACGGGCUGAGGCGCACGGGUGUGGAACGGGCAUCCUCAAACACGCACCCUGUAAGGAUUGCCAGGCGAUAAUGAAGGUUCUUUUACUAAAAGACCCUAAGGAGGAUGACUGUGGCCAAGAUCCAUAUAUCAGGGAACUAGGAUUAUAUGGACUUGAAGCCACUCUGAUCCCUGUUUUAUCAUUUGAGUUUUUGUCUCUUUCCAGUUUUUCUGAGAAGCUGUCUCAUCCUGAAGGCUACGGGGGCCUCAUUUUUACCAGCCCCAGAGCAGUGGAAGCAGUGGGACUGUGUUUGGAGAAAGACAAUAAAACUGAAGUCUGGAAACACUCUCUGAAAGAAAAGUGGAAUGCUAAGUCAGUGUACGUGGUCGGAAGUGCUACCUCUUCUCUAGUGAAUAAAAUCGGCCUGGACACAGAAGGAGAGAGCUGUGGAAAUGCAGAAAAGCUCGCAGAAUACAUUUGUUCCAGGGCUGCUUCCUUCUCUGAAUUCCCCUCCUCAGAGCGGCCCCCACCCCCACGAGCACGUCCCCGGACGGCGUGUGGCCGCCGUUUGUAGGUGUCGCUGGUUGCAGACAUGUUGCGUUUCCGUGAGGGCUUCACCCUUCAUGGAAGUAAAGCUUCGGGGGAACUUGGAGCGAGAGGGGCGGGAAGGUUAAGGGGUGCCCGCAGAGCAGUCCUCCUCGCCAUCUCCCCCACCCCCCAGCCUAACCCAGCUGCAGACACUUGCCCUUGCGCCCUUGUCGCCCCCUCCCCAUCGGUAAAAGCGGGUCGAAUAAGCACCCCACGUCACGGGCCCAGCACGACGACGUAUUAGGUACGCAGAGACAACACGUCCAAGAUGCCAGCGUGGUGGCCCCCCGGGGGCCAGGGAGCAGGGCAGCAGGACCGAGGGUGCUCCCUUCCUCUCCGGUCGCAGCCACCCCAGCCCUGCUCUUCCCUUUAGUUUGGUGAGGUCUAAGUUUGGAGAAACACUCUUCUUACUAAAGGAGUGUGUUUCCCAGACACUCCCAAAAGCCCUGGGGACAAUGGGCGUGACCCUAAGCCAGUGACCCUUUGGGCCCAAGCCCGGUCGAAGCAGGUGCUGGCCUGGGCCGGGGAGGAGGACCGGGCACCCAGCACUGUGUUCCUGUCCCAGGGCAGCACCUCCGGGCCUCCUGCCUCGGGUCUGGGAUCCACCAUGCCACCCGAACCGCGGUGCCUCGGGGACUCUCAGACACGACAGUCGAGGGCCCACGACUCUAGUGGCCGGUCCCAUGGCUGCUCCCGGCACGUUGUCCCGUCCAGCCUCCUGCACAACCCUCCCACCUCUGCUUGUCCCCCCCUCCCCCGACGGUGCUGCCCGCGGACGUCCCGUCCCUCGUGUAGUUCCCGUUAAGCACAGCCCCUCACGACAGGGCUGCCAUAGGCUGUGCUCCUUCUACACAUUACUGUCCCAAAGACCCUGACCCUCUUUCGGGCACCCGCUCACUGUACACAUGCCAUUCGUAUCUCCUCUGUCAUUUAACCCGCUCCGGCCUUGUGAGGGUCGCUGGUCUGUGUCGCCUCCUCCCUGGUGCCCCCCAGCCCCGCAAAGGGCCCGGCACACAGGUGUUCCCAUGCGGCAUUUGCCGAAUGCUGUCAGACUGUUCCAGCUUGACGGGAGGGCACGUGGAGGGUGAGGCAGGGGAGGGCUUGGCCAAUGCCGGCCGGCCUGUCGGGGCUGAGAAGCCCUUUAGCAUCAGCAUGGGCGUGCCGCUGCCCACCGCUGCCCAGCCAGGUGUUGAAACAGCAGCGGGAAUUAUGCCGGGGGUCCAAGGGUGAGCACGGUCCCGGGCACCUCGGGGUCCUCAGGCCCAUGGCACUGUUUCGAGGGUCACUGAGCCUCACCUCUUCUGGGGCGAGAAGAAUGUCACGACUGGGUUCUUCCCCCAGCCGUUCUUAGUGUGGGUGCACAUGUUCCAGAAAGAUCCAACUCCAGGCUUUUUAUUUCUGAUGUUUUCAGGGGAUAAUGGUCACCAUUAAGUGGUAACCGAGCCCUUCUAAUGUCUUCAUGUAGAAAUCACUGUGAACGGUAGCUCUUGGCAUUCCCCGUGGAAUCAAGUGCCUUGGUUAAGAAGACUCAUGAUGGGUUCUGUGGGUGGCACGACAAUUACUCCUUAACGGAACAGGUGGCUGCCGCCUGCUCCCAGGGCAGACGAUCUGGCCGUCCUCAUAGCUGAUGCACUAGUUCUGGAAAGAGACGGAGGGAAAUUGAGUCAUUCUUCAUCAUCAGGUGCAAAGCCAUCAAGCUGGUGUUCCUUGCUCUGCAUACACAAGGCAGGAAGGAUCCGUGUCACUUCUGAGAUAUCACACUGGUGUUUCAAUUAACUGCCUCACGGCGUGAGGGUAGAUAGGAGCCUACUCUGCCCUUAUCUCAGCAGACACGGCUCCACACUCUUUGCAAAGCCUUUGUGACUUCUCAUUCAUUACUGGCAUGCCUGUGUGUCCUAAUAAAUUUUUAAUUCGCAAUUAGAAUACCA